AUGAAGAUCUUGUCCAGCGACACGCACCCGGAUCAACCACGGCUAAAUUCCACAUCAGCACCCCAGGAUCUUGCUCAGUCCGGGACCCCGUCAGACCAAGAACCACACAACGACAAUGAGGCCGGCAAGGACGUGAAGGUGUUAGCUGCUGCUGCUGACUACAAUGGAACCCCUCCUCGUGGACAGAGUCUCAAUGCGACAGACCCAGGUGGUCCUUCAACGAUGACGGGCAAGAUUGCCGUCCUGGAGGAACAGAAGAAGCAGGAAAGGCUGGAGAGGAAACGGAAAGCGAUCUACGAGGCGAGGAAAAUGAACGCUCUGGAGAAGAAUCUUGCCGCGUUUGACAUUGUUUGCAGACGGUACAUGCUGGCCUCUGAUCAGCCGAUGCUGAAGAUUGUUCGAAACGGCAAGGAUGUUGAUAGGGAAGAAAAUGAAGGACAGACGACAGAUUAUGAUUCGGAUGAGGAUGACGGUGAAGACAAUGACGAAGAUGCAAAGAUCCAGAGGUGCAGCGACUUUAUCCAAGCGGUGGGCUGUCGCGAACCCCUGGAAGCCGCGGAACACAAGAUCCUGUCGAACUAUUUGAAUACCUAUCUGCUUAGGCGAUGGGAAUAUGCUGGUGGGAGGAGGCUCGAUAUGAGGGGUGUUAGAAACAGCAUGGCUGAACAAAUCCUUUUGUCGAUCAAGAGCCAGAAGCGAACCCCCGAGAGUAGCUGGACGUGGAGCAGUCGCAAGUGGAGUCGAGAGAUGAAUGAGGCGAUCUUACACCACAAGAAGACGGAUUCGUACUGGAAGGCUCGUGCGGCUCUACUUGAUGAUCGACUUGCCAAGUCCUGGCAGGAGAAUGUUGAAGGAGCCAGACGUGAUUUGGAUUCUAGAGCGAAAUAA